AAAGAAAGCAAAGUUGUCUUUGGACUCUUUCUGUAUCAAAUAAUGGCAGAGACCAAAGCCACAUUGACCAACCGCCUACUGGCCGUGAAACACAACUCCGGCAAGAGCUACAGUGAGAUAGCAGAGGAGACUGGUUUGACCAACGUGUACGUGGCCCAGUUAUUCAGACGCCAAGCCCAACUGAAGCCCGAUACUGCUCUAAAGCUACGAGCAGCACUGCCAGAACUUUCCGAUGAGCUUCUCGGGGAGAUGAUGAGACCACCCAUGAGGUCCUAUGAUCCUAACUUGAUCCAAGAACCAUCUGUUUACAGGUUGAAUGAAGCAGUUAUGCAUUUUGGUGAAAGCAUUAAGGAAAUUAUCAACGAGGAGUUUGGUGAUGGCAUUAUGUCAGCCAUAGACUUCUACUGCUCUGUUGACAAAGUGAAAGGUGUGGAUGGAAAAGAUCGUGUAGUUGUGACAUUUGAUGGGAAGUAUUUGCCUUAUUCAGAGCAGAAGACAGAGCACAUGGUUUCAAGAUUAAGGCAGAAUGGAAAUUAAUAAAUCUUUAUGUUGAUGCUGAUGCUGAUGCUACAAGCUCCUUGUCCUUUUUGAUGUGUGGAUGGUGUCACCAGAGUAAGUCUCACAUUCCCGCAAGCAUUGCCAAAUGGUAUAUGCAUGCGCUUUUUAUUGUACUUCGAUAGGGCUAAUAUUGAUAGAGAAUAAUAUACUCCUUUGCAUACUAAUGCAUAUUAUGAGUUGACAAUGAGUAAAAGGUUGCAAAACUAUAAAUAAAUUGCACUGGUAUCUCCUGUUUAAAACAGUCUCCUAAAAUUAUUCAUGAAGUUCAUGUUAA